UGAUUUGUUUCAUUCUUUCAGAGUCCGUUUCAACGUUGCCUUCGUCUCCUCCUCCGCCUUUUCAAUUUUAAACCCUUUUCUCUCUUUCUCUCUUUCUCUCUUGUCCGAAUCAAAUCCGAUUUGCUGGAAAGAGAGAAGCUUUGUGCGCGUAUUGGUUUGUCGUGGGUGGGGAGGAAGCCGGAGGAGAGAACCAAAGAAAAAAAAACCCUAAUUUUUCUCGAAUUGUGGAUCUCCCAGGUUUCUGAAUCGGGCGGUGGGGAUUUUGUUUCAAUGUCCGCGAUGGCGGAUUCAGGGAAAAAGACGGUGGAUUUCACCGCUCUUGUUAGUCGAGCCGCAGGGGAGUCGUACCUUUCUUUUAAGGAACUUGUGGAUAAGUGUAAGACGACGGAGCUUUCUGAUACUGAUAAGAAGGUUAGCAUCCUCAAGUAUGUCGUUAAGACUAAGCAACGUAUGCUCCGCCUCAAUGCUCUCGCCAAGUGGUGUAAACAGGUUCCUCUUAUAAAUUACUUUCAAGACCUUGAGAGCACUUUAUCAGCUCAUGAUAUAUGCUUCACACAAGCUGCGGAUGCACUGUUUUUCAUGCAUGAAGGUCUACAACAAGCUCGCGCUCCUGUCUAUGACGUUCCCUCUGCUGUUGAAAUUUUGCUGACAGGUUCUUAUCAGCGCCUGCCAAAGUGUCUAGACGAUGUGGGAAUGCAGAGCUCUUUGGAUGAGCAUCAACAGAAACCAGCUCUAAGAAAGCUGGAGGUACUUGUCCGUUCCAAACUUCUUGAAAUCACACUUCCAAAAGAAAUAACAGAGGUGAAAAUUUCUAAAGGUACAGUUACCUUAUCCGUCGACGGGGAAUUUAAGGUUCUUGUUACUCUUGGUUACCGUGGGCACCUAACCUUGUGGAGGAUAUUGCAUUUGGAUCUGCUUGUUGGUGAAAGAAGUGGCCCCAUAAAACUCGAAGUGACAAGACGGCAUAUACUUGGAGAUGAUUUAGAGCGUCGAAUGUCUGUGGCAGAAAAUCCAUUCACAAUAUUAUACACGGUGCUCCAUGAGCUGUGCGUUGCCAUUGUCAUGGACACAGUCAUAAGGCAGGUCCGAGCUCUUCUUCAGGGGAGAUGGAAAGAUGCAAUUCGAUUCGACUUAAUUUCGGAUACCGGCACCACACCGGCGAACCAAGAAGGAGAGGCAGAUUCUGUUAGUCUUCGAACGCCAGGAGUGAAACUUAUGUACUGGUCCGACUCCGAAAAAAAUUCUGGUCCAUUCAUUAAAAUUGAACCAGGGUCAGAUCUCCAGAUUAAGUGUUCCCACAGCACAUUUGUAAUUGACCCACUUACUAGCAAGGAAGCCAAGUUUUCCCUCGAUCAGAGUUGCAUUGACGUGGAGAAGCUUCUGCUUAAAGCGAUAUGCUGUAAUAGAUAUACCCGUCUUCUUGAAAUUCAAAAAGAGCUUUUGAGGAAUGCUCGAAUUUGCCGAGCUCCUAGUGAUGUCAUUCUUCAGGCCCUCCUGGAUGAGCCUGGUAUUGAGGGAGCUACCGUGGUAGAUUCUAAAGAACAAGUAGAGCCAGAGGUCUUACGUGUCCGAGCCUAUGGAUCAUCAUUUUUCACUCUGGGGAUAAAUAUAAGGUCUGGUCGGUUUCUUCUUCAGUCAUCCAAGAGUAUCUUGACCCCCUCCAUCUUGGAAGAAUUUGAAGAUGCGUUAAAUCAAGGAAGUAUAAGUGCAGUUGACGCCUUCAUCAACAUGAGAAGCAAAAGCAUUUUGCAUUUUUUUGCUGCCAUUGGCAAAUUUUUGGGUCUUGAGGUCUAUGAACAUGGUUUUGGUAUAAGCAAAGUUCCUAAAAGCCUCUUGGAUGGGUCAAGCAUUCUGACUUUGGGAUUCCCCGACUGUGAAAGCACUCACCUCUUGCUCAUGGAGCUCGAGAAGGACUUCACACCAUUGUUCAAAUUAGUGGAGACUCAAAUGGAUGGUUCAGGACAACCUCAGUCUUUCAAUGAUCCGAGCAAUAUAUUGCGAGUUAAGAAGAUUGAUAUUGGGCAGAUACGGAUUCUCGAAGAUGAUCUUAACUUGAUUACAUCCGAUGUGGUUAAAUUUGUAUCUUCAUUCUCAGAUACUGAGGCUAUAAAUCAAGCAUCUGGACACCGUCACCCUGGAUUGGUUGACGAGGCUUUGGCAGAAAUGAGUGGAAGCCAGUUGAGUUUCUCUAGCAUCGUAGAUGACGUCUUUGGACUUCAGAAAGAGACAACUUCUCUGGUCUCAAGUGAUGGGCAUGGUUCAGUUCUCAAGAAUUUCUCUGUUGUUAACGGCCUUGGAAAAGAUCCAAUGCUGACUAGCUAUCAUUCAGAUUCCUUGUAUAAUCUGCAGGGUCCCUUACAAUCUGGGUCUUUUAAUAUGCUAUCAAUUCCCCCUGGUAAAGGUUCAGCUAUGAAGAAGAUAGCCAUCUCCAAAUCUGAGCAGGAGUUAUCCAUGAUACUGUCUCCAUCCCUAUCUACUGGGAAUGGAGUCUACGAGUCAGGCUCUGGAUUGGUCACUGAAUCCUCAUUGUCACCUCUUCCCGUAUCUCAAACUGCUGAUCUUGCAACUUCGUCUGAUAGUCUUUUGUCGAGAAAAGGCCAGAAGUCCCGGAAACGUUCAGUUUCAGAUUUGCUAAGAUUGAUCCCAUCACUCCAAGGAGUGCAAGGUGUAGCUACUCCCAAUAAGAGAAGAAAAAUCUCUGAAUCACAGAGUGAAUUAGUGAAGAGUUGGAGCCCUGCAUCACAGACCUUAUCCACUGCCAUGACAACUUCAACAAAAACUAUUGGAUGCAGCUAUGGGAAUCUUAUAGCUGAAGCAAACAAGGGUAAUGCACCUUCAAGCGUUUUUGUCUAUGCUCUUCUUCAUGUUGUCAGGCAUUCUUCGCUGUCCAUAAAACAUGCCAAACUAACAAGUCAGAUGGACGCAUUGGAUAUUCAAUAUGUUGAGGAAGUGGGACUUAGAGAUGCAUUUUCAGAUAUAUGGUUCCGUCUUCCAUUUGCUCAAAAUGAUUCCUGGCAACAUAUAUGCUUGCAGCUUGGUAGACCUGGGAGCAUGUGUUGGGAUGUGAAAAUAAAUGACCAACAUUUCAGGGAUCUCUGGGAACUUCAGAAGGGAAGUAAAACUACACCGUGGGGAGGCGAAGUUCACAUUGCGAACUCAUCUGAUGUUGAUUCCCAUAUCCGUUAUGACCCUGAAGGUGUAGUUCUGAGCUAUCAAUCUGUAGAAGCCGAUAGUAUAAAGAAUCUUGUGGCGGACAUACAGAGGCUUUCAAAUGCUAGAAUGUUCUCUCUUGGUAUGCGGAAACUACUUGGUAUAAAGCCAGAUGAAAAAACCGAAGAAUGCGCUGGUAUUCCUGCUAUUAAAGGACCGGCUGGAGGGAAAGGCAGUGGUGAGCCAGUUGAUAGAUGGAGAGCCUUCAAGAUUGAGGCAGUGGGAUUAACAAGCCUGUGGUUUAGCUUUGGUUCAGGCGUUUUGGCGCGCUUUGUUGUCGAGUGGGAAUCAGGUAAAGAUGGAUGCACCAUGCAUGUAUCCCCUGACCAACUCUGGCCGCAUACGAAGUUCUUGGAGGAUUUCAUAAAUGGAGCGGAGGUAGAAUCUCUAUUGGACUGCAUUCGCCUUACUGCUGGGCCUUUGCAUGCAUUAGCUGCCGCUACUCGCCCUGCCAGAGCUAGUACUACUACUGGCAUGCCUGUUGUACCCGCUACAGCGUCUUCAAGACAGUCAAAUCAGAUACAACAAACUCCUUCAUCUCUAGCAGCUGCUAAUGCUGUUGGCCAGUCUGCCUCAACAAUUUCAGGAAAUACUGUUGCGCCUUCUGCUGCAAGCCCACUCGGUGGAAGUUUCCAUGGAGUUGCAAUGCUAGCAGCUGCAGGGAGAAGUGGACCUGGAAUCGUUCCAAGCUCACUCUUGCCCAUUGAUGUCUCUGUAGUACUCCGUGGACCCUAUUGGAUAAGAAUCAUAUACCGCAAACGUUUUGCAGUGGACAUGAGAUGCUUUGCUGGAGAUCAAGUCUGGUUGCAACCAGCAACUCCACCCAAGGGUGGUGCAUCUAUUGGAGGCUCCUUGCCAUGUCCCCAGUUCAGACCUUUCAUCAUGGAACAUGUUGCUCAAGAAUUAAACGGUUUAGAACCGAAUUUGACGGGUAGCCAAGGAGCAGCAAAUCCCAACAGUGCAAGAUUGCCUGUGCGUAGAACACCAGGCACUGCUGUGCCAGCACAUGUAAGAGGCGAAUUAAACACAGCGAUUAUUGGUUUAGGUGAUGAUGGUGGCUAUGGCGGAGGGUGGGUUCCUCUUGUGGCUCUUAAAAAGGUUUUGCGUGGUAUCCUUAAAUAUCUUGGAGUACUGUGGCUAUUUGCUCAGUUACCAGAUCUCUUAAGAGAGAUCUUAGGUUCAAUCUUGAAGGAUAACGAAGGCGCUCUCUUGAAUUUAGACCAAGAACAACCAGCCUUGCGCUUUUUUGUUGGUGGCUAUGUAUUUGCUGUGAGUGUCCAUAGGGUUCAGCUUCUUCUUCAAGUCCUUAGCGUAAGGCGAUUCCAUCACCAGCAGCAACAACAGCAGCAAAACGGUUCUUCUGCUGCUGCUCAAGAGGAGUUAACCCAGUCAGAGAUUGGAGAAAUCUGUGACUAUUUCAGCCGCCGUGUUGCAUCAGAACCUUACGAUGCUUCAAGAGUUGCCUCUUUUAUAACCCUGCUCACAUUACCCAUAUCGGUCUUAAGAGAGUUUCUGAAACUGAUAGCUUGGAAAAAAGGAUUAUCCCAAUCACAACAAACUGGAGAGAUUGCACCUGCACAGAGGCCUCGGAUCGAGCUAUGUCUAGAGAAUCAUUCCGGUACAGAUUUAGACAACAAUUGUGCAGCUAAAAGCAAUAUCCAUUAUGACCGGCCACACAACACGGUUGACUUUGCGUUGACCGUCGUUCUUGAUCCUGCGCUGAUACCCCAUAUAAACGCAGCUGGAGGAGCAGCGUGGUUACCUUACUGUGUAUCGGUUAGGUUAAGAUACACAUUUGGCGAAAACUCUAGCUUGACGUUUCUUGGAAUGGAGGGAAGUCAUGGAGGUCGAGCUUGUUGGCAACGAGUUGAUGACUGGGAGAAAUGUAAACAGAGAGUGAGUCGUACAGUGGAAGUCAAUGGUUCAGCUGCAGGAGAUUUGACACAAGGAAAACUCAAGUUGAUUGCAGAUAGUGUCCAGAGAACAUUGCAUCUAUGUCUUCAAGUUCUCAGAGAUGGUAACAAUAACAACACUCUUCAAAAGGAAUUUACCAUAUAGAGCAGUAAAAUUCUUGUCAGUUUUGGGAAAUUGUUAAAUCUUAAUCUGUACAUACGUAAUAUGCCGACUUUUUUUUGGUUUUCCUUUUCUUUUCUUUUUCCGUCUAUUGGAACUUAGAAACAAUGAGUUGUAGCCUUUGAAUUUUCCAGUAUAAAGAGGUUUUGUCUCAA